UUUCGUUCGCAAAUUUCGCUCUUCUAGCUUACCUGCGGCUGCGGUGCCCGGUUUGGAAUCGGUUUGAUUGUUUGAAUAAUCGAGGGAGGACUUGGUGCGCUGCAAAGGGAGCUCUGUUUCGUGUGUGUUGUUCAUUGAAAGUGCGCUACUGCGGGAGGUGGGAGUUAAGUCAAGUAGCGAAAGAUAUUGCUACUCAAUCUGUUUUGAUACGUGUGUACCGUGUUUGGUGAAGGGCAAAUAUAAUAAGGGUUGCUGAUAAAAAAAACACCGAGAGGAACCCCGAUCUGCCUGUGCCUGAGUGUGCCCGAGUGUGAGACAACAAAGUGCACCCAACCGGAACGCAUCUUAAAAGUGAGAUUGCAAUCAACAACCGAGAAAGAAAAAAAAAAUGCGCCGCGGUGGCAGUUUCGAGCGGUUUUGGAUUGCCCUUACGCGUAAAAAACGGAACGACGAUGACGGAAGUGACUCCCAGCUGGCGCGAGUUCUUACGCUGUUGGAUCUGACCGGGCUGGGAGUGGGCAGCACCCUGGGGCUGGGGGUGUACGUCCUCGCCGGAUCGGUAGCAUACGAGCAGGCUGGCCCUGCCGUAGUCAUUUCAUUCCUGGUGGCAGCCAUUGCCUCGGCCAUCGCUGCCCUCUGCUAUGCGGAAUUCGCUGCCCGGGUACCGAAGGCAGGAUCAGCCUACAUCUACAGUUACGUCAGCAUCGGAGAGUUUGCGGCAUUCACCAUCGGAUGGAAUCUUAUUUUGGAAUAUGUCAUCGGCACAUCCAGCGUGGCCCGCGGCAUGAGCGGCUACAUAGAUGCCCUGACGGGCAACAAGAUGAGCGGUGCCCUCAAGGACGCUAUGGGGAUGAACGUAGACUUCCUAGCGGAUUAUCCGGACUUUUUCUCCUUCGUAGUGGUCCUAAUUCUGGCAGCCCUGCUGGCAUACGGUGUCAAGGAAUCCACCCUGCUGAACAACAUUUUUACCGGAGUGAACCUGUGCGUUAUUGCACUAGUGUUGGUUGCCGGUGGCAUGAACAGUGAUCCUGCCAACUGGCAAAUUAAGCCGGAAGACAUCCCGGAGGGCAUCGAAGCCGGUGUGGGAGGAUUUGCACCGUAUGGUUUCGCGGGGAUCAUGGCCGGAGCUGCCAAGUGUUUCUAUGGGUUCGUAGGAUUCGACUGUAUUGCCACCACCGGGGAGGAAGCCAUCAACCCUAGCCGUAACAUCCCGUUGGCUAUUGUGAUUUCAUUGAUCGUCAUUUUCCUGGCCUAUUUCGGUAUCUCUACGGUACUGACGAUGGCACUGCCAUAUUAUCUGCAGAAUCCGGAAGCCCCGUUCCCGCAUCUGUUCGAACAGCUCGGAUGGCACGAGAUCAAAUGGAUCGUUUCAAUCGGUGCCAUCUUCGCUCUGUGUACCAGUUUGCUGGGCGCCAUGUUCCCCCUGCCACGUGUUCUGUAUGCCAUGUCAACGGAUGGAAUCAUCUACAAGAAGCUACGGACGGUUCACCCGAAGACACAAACUCCAGUUUUGGCUACUAUACUGGCUGGUCUGCUGGCCGCUACGAUGGCAAUGUUAUUCAAUCUGCAGCAACUGAUCGAUAUGAUGUCCAUAGGUACGUUGCUGGCCUACACGAUCGUGGCCGUCAGUGUCCUAGUGCUGCGGUACGAGGAUAAGGAGCUUUUGCAGAACAAAACGAUUACGAUUCCGAAUGUUUUCCGGCAGUUGUUCAACACGGACAAAUUGAGCAGCCCAAGUUUGCUAUCGUCGAGUAUCGUCAAGUUUGGCAUUUGUCUAUUUGCCGUCCUCGUGUGCGCAGUCUGCUCCAUUCUGGUCAUUGUUUCGGAUCAACUCUCCUCCGACUAUCCAGGAACUAUUGCAGCCCUUUCCGUGCUGAGCGCCUUCAUGGUGCUCUUGAUAGUUAUCACUGCACUGCAGCCAACGGAAAAUACCAAACUGACAUUUAAAGUUCCUCUAGUUCCACUACUGCCAAUGUUAAGUGUACUCUUCAACCUGUAUUUGAUGUUCCAACUGGACGCGGGAACGUGGAUUCGGUUCGCCGUGUGGAUCGUGAUCGGUUACUUAAUCUACUUCACCUACGGUAUCCGCCAUUCGGUGGAAGGGGCGCUAUCCAAACAAGAGGCGACACUGGUCAACGGAAAUGGCACUGCGACUACCAAGAAUGGAUUCGACAACAAUGCCUUCGAUGGAAGCAAUGACAAGGUCGUUACGAGAAUCCUCGCCGAGCACCCCCGAAGGAGUUCGAAGAAUUCCUACACACUCAACAACGAAUAGCGCAGAAGACCGUCGACAGACGGGGAGGCAUUUUCGUACACUUGACGAAAUUUAGUGGUUAAGUACAAACCAAGAGAGAUAGAUAGAUUUUACAUCAGCUCUCUCGAAUCGAUUUUGUUGCCUUAUCAGGAGCGAUCACGAGCGCUCAUUAGCCGCGUCAGGGUGUUCAAGUGUAUUAUAGAUUUUAGAACUCGUGCUAAAUGAUAAGAACCAGACGCUAAGUGAUAUUGAAAUGUCUAAAGUAUUUGUCCUUCCCCCGAUAUGGUAAGCAUGGGAUGCAUGGAAGUUCCAUUCCCUCACCCGAUGCAGUGUGAAGCGAAACAAUGCAUGUGAUAAAAGAAUUUAGGGGUACGAUUGUUUAUUUUAUCAGUAUAACCGAUGAAUCGCGACAAUAUGUUAAGCCCGGUAAAUACUGAAGCCUAAUUUUUAAUGAUGUACAUUAGAACCUGAAACCAGAUUGUGUCAACAGUUGUAAUUGAGUAAAUACUAAUAAAUCAAGAUUAAAGCGA